ACGUAUUCCUGGGCCUCAGGGUGUUCCAUACAAAAGGGUGUUCCAUCGGGCAGGUUUUACUGAGAACUUACUGAAUAAUAAGUUAACUUAUGUUCUAUUGAGUGGGUCUCUACGUAAAACAUGUGUCCAUAAAGAAUAGUGUCGCUCCGUGUUUUGUUUUUUGACAAUAUUUUGAAAAGCUGAACAUCCUAAGUUUUCAAUUCUAAUUCAAGGAUCUUAUAUUUGAUCUUAGUCUCAAAGUAUCUGAAAUUGUUUUCAUGGAGGUGAACAAAAGACCAGAAACAUCGUGAAAUUAUCUAGCCUAAAAGCACACUAGCACUGAAGAGGUUGCAAGCGGAAAAUAUAAGGCCGGGAUAUAAGGCCAGUUUUGAAAAAUGAGGACUGAUGUUUCCAACAUUUUACACUCUCCUCUUUCACUCCCACAGGAAACAGUGUAUUCGUUUGGCGUAGAGCGUGGCAAUGUAGGCUACGGGACAGCAUCCUUUCAAUACUUUUCGAAGAAUGAGGAAUGAAACGGGGCAUUUACCUAUUUAAUGAAAGAUGUCGCGUAUAUACAAUAUUGUCCAUGGCUCAAAGUGUGCAUGCCAUAUUUUAGUCUAUGCCCUUUCUAGUUCCUGUUCCAAUACUCAGAAAGUGAUGACGUACUACACAUCGAUCGACAAAUUACAACAUUUUCAUUUCAAAAUAUUUCAAUAAUUGAGUCAUCUCCUCAAUAUAAAAGUACUUUGGCUGACGCUGGGUUCAUAAUGAUGGGAGAUAACCAAUCUAGAACACUACAGCCGAAGAAAAAUCCAAUUACGGAUGAUUAUAAAGUCUCACACAAUGUUCUUGGUCUUGGAAUAAAUGGAAAAGUGGUCGAAUGUGUUCUCAAGGCUAAUAAUCAAAAAUGUGCCCUAAAAGUAUUACGUGACACACCCAAAGCCCGUCGGGAGGUAGAUCUUCACUGGCGAGCCUCGGCAUGUCUCCAUAUUGUCAACAUUCGAGAUGUAUAUGAGAAUAUGUAUGGUGGACACAAGUGUCUACUUGUGAUAAUGGAGUGUAUGGAAGGUGGAGAAUUGUUCAGUAGGAUACAAGACAGAGCAGACAAUGCAUUCACAGAACGAGAGGCAGCCGGGAUAGUUUCAGACAUCUGUAAAGCCAUAGCUUUUCUUCAUUCCAGUGAAAUAGCACACAGGGAUCUAAAACCUGAAAAUCUCUUGUACACGACCAAAGGAGAUGAUGGGAUACUAAAGCUAACAGAUUUCGGCUUUGCAAAAUUAACAAAUUCAAACAAAUCAUUACAAACUCCGUGCUAUACCCCAUAUUACGCAGCACCUGAAGUUUUGGGCCCUGAAAAGUAUGACAAAUCAUGUGAUAUGUGGUCUCUUGGGGUUAUUAUGUAUAUAUUGCUUUGUGGUUACCCACCAUUCUACAGCAACCAUGGUCUAGCUAUAUCUCCGGGAAUGAAAAAACGCAUUAGGAAUGGCCAAUAUGAGUUCCCCGCCCCUGAAUGGAAUAACGUUACCAGUGAUGCUAAAAAUUUAAUUCGUGGAUUGUUGAAGACUGACCCUGAUGAGAGACUAGUUAUAACAGAAGUUAUGAAGCACAAAUGGAUUGCAGAACAUACAAUGGUGCCGCAAACUCCUCUAUUCUCUGCUAGGAUUUUAUCUGAAGACACUGAACAAUGGCCGGAGAUACAGGAGGAAAUGACAAAUGCUCUAGCAACAAUGCGAGUGGACUAUGACCAGGUUCAUCUCAAGAACAUGGACUCCAUAAGUUCAAACCCAAUUUUAGAGAAACGACGAAGGAAAGACCAUGCAGCUACAGCCGCCGCAAAUGCCAUGGCACUAUAA